AUGGCGGGAACAGCGUUGUCGCGACAGCUGCGGCAAAUCGCCCUCUCGACGGGCCCAACUGCAGCUGAUGUCGUCACCAAGUCGAGCGGCAAACGGGGGGCGCACAUUAGGCCGUCCCUUAUUUUCGAGGCCAAGGAAGCCGCUGACGUGGACGCGGAAACCAUCUUACACAUGGCGCAAGCAGGUCUGGCGGAGCUGGUGGCGAUGGACGCGCGCUUCAAGCCGUUUCUCAGCACGCUCUUCUCGCCCGCCAGCCUGCAGACGGAUCGCGACGACGAGCCGCCCGACGUGGUGGCGGCGCUGGACCGGUCGAUCGACGCGUUCCUCAUGCUGCUCUCCGACGCGCUGCUGCUGCCCGCCAGCCACAAGCCGCUCGAGUACCUCAUCCGCAAGUACCGGGUGCAGCAGUGCAACGUGGACUCGCUGGUGCUGGCGGCGCUGCCGUACCACGAGACGAGCCUCUUCGUGCGCAUCGUGCAGCUGCUCUCCCUCAAGCACUCCAAGUGGGCACCAGUGCUGCACGGCUGCAAGGCCAAUGGCGCGGCAAUCCCGAGGGCGCAGCUCGUGCAGAGAUGCGUCAAGGAUGACUCCUUCUUCCAUACCAUGUGCCAUGCGGCGGAGAAGGCGGCCACCUGUGUGGUCCGGGGCGGCCCUGCAUCAGCGGCUCCCCCCACGGCGCCUGCAGCGCCCGCCAUGCGGCUGCUCACCUUCACGAGCGUGCUGCUGCUGGAGGCGCUGGCUGCCAUGCGCGUGUCCGUGGACGCACUCUCCCACCUGCUGCCCUUCAUCCUCAACGGCCUGCAGCCCUCCGCCGUGCAUGAGCACAGGCUGGCGGCCAUGAUGCUGGUGUCGCAGCUGGCCAACCGCUCGCAGCUCUCCACGCAGGUCGUCAACUCCCUCCUCGUCGCCCUCCUCUCCCCCACCGCUGCCACUGCCUCCGCUGCCCGCACUGCGCGCGACAUGAGAGCACCACCGAGCGCCAUCUCCAUGGACGCCUUCCUCGUCGUCGUCCACCUCUCCGCGACGCAACGAAUCCUGUCUCUCCCAUCCAGGGCGGUCACCAACAUUCUCACAGACAAGCACUUUGUGGAUGUGCUGAGCGCUGCGGCACACAAGUUCAACACGGCCAAGAUUCUCAACCUGCUGGCUGACACACUGCUGCCCAAGAUUGCAACAUCGCAGGCAGCGGCGGAUGUGCUGCUGGCCAUGCUGCGCCAGCUGCCGCGUGCAGCACUCUCCCCUCUCGUGCCUCGCCUCGCCCUCUCCCUGCUGCGCUUCGCCGUCGGCAAGGGCCUGCCACAGGGGGCACCCGUGGUGCUCUCCUCCCUGCAACCUCGCAUCCAGCCGCUACUGCUGGCCCUCUCUCUCAAGUUCACCUCACCGACUGAUGCUGCCAUCGCUGCAGUCUUAGAGUCGCUCGCAUCCGCUCCUGCCGAGCGCGCCACGCUCGUGUCCUUCCUGGGCACCGCCCUCUCUGCCAGCCCCUGUGCACUGCAGCAAGUCGAUGCCCCUCCUGCUGCCACGGGGACAAGCGUGCAGCAGCAGCAACAGCAGCAGAAGCAGCAGCAGCAGCAGCAGCAGCAGCAGCUGUUGUCAGUUCAUUUGGCAAUCGAUCAUGCACAAUGGCAAGUGCGGAAGGCAGCAGUGGAGCAGCUGCCAGGGCUCAUGGCGGCAGCAGGGAAGCACGUGGACACGGACGAGGCGGCUCAAGGCGAGGUGCAGUCAUUUGUGUCAUCUGCGCUGCAGCGGCGACUGGCAGAUGACAGCUGGGAAGUGCUGCACGCUGCUGUCACCUCUCCGCUCCUCCCACAUGCCCUUUCUGCCUCUCUCCUCGUCGCCCCUCUCAAAGCCAUUCUCCUCCGCCCGCUGCCGCCUGCCUCCGAGCCUCUACCUGCUCACAUCAAGGAGUGUCAGAGCACCGCCCUUCACCUCCUGCGCACGGCUGUCAUGGGGCCAGCGCUCAAAACAUAUCCGGGGGAAGACGAGGGGCAGGGAAGCGAGGAGGGGGAGGAGGGGAGAGCGGGAGGUUUGGUGCAGGGGGUGGCGGAGGAGGUGAUGCCACAUGUGCUGCUGUCUGCUCUCAUGCCCUCUCAGCCCUACUGUCCUUCCAGUCCCCUCGCCAACCCCCAAAUGCUGCACGAGGCUCUUCUCAUGGCACAGCAGCUCGCGCCCCACUUCCCCCUCUUCCUCCACCUCCCCUCCCCUUCACUCGCUUCCCUCUCCUUGCCCUCUUUCUCCACCUCCGAUGCCCUCUCUCUCGUAACCUUCGCCCUUGCUGUUGCCAUCACACCACCUUCCCUCUGUUCCGCACAACGAUCUGCCUCAAAAGACAUGUGGCGCACUGCCAUUCGCUUCAGCCGCUCUGCUUUUGCUUCAACCUCUCCUGCUGGGCGACAGCUGUUGCUGCUUGCACUUCUUGGAGCAGCACACAGCCUCCCUGCCACGUCAACCUCGCUGGAAUCAGCACUGCAGUCACGUGAAAAUGUUGCCGUGGCAGGGAGCACGGAACUCCAAGAGGCGAAGGAAGGAGGAGUUAUGGAUUUUGCGGAGGAGGCAGUGGGUCUGGUGCAGGAUGCGUGGAAGGCAGUGGUGGCGCAGGCAGUGCAUGGGAGUGGAGGGGUGGGGGAGAAGCGACGGAAGGGUGCUGCCUCUGUCCACCUGGAUGCGCUGCUCUCCUCUCUCGCUCAGGCCGCAUUCUCAGCAGCUCCAGACGUGCACGCCAAGAUCUUCACACUGCUCUCCACACUCCCCGCCUCCUCCAUCGACUCCCACAGCCUGUCAGCCGACCUUACCAUCUCAUGCCUCUCAUCCCUUUUGAGGAAGCUUCCAGGAGCCACCCGGAUAAGUGAUAGUGUGUCAGGACCACGUAAGCAGCGAGGUGUUGUGGCAGGACGCGUGUUUGAGCUGCUGAUGGGCACAGCAAGUCCCAAGGCAGCUGCUCUGGCGGCAACACGCAUUGCUGGUGCAGUGCAAGCAAGGGCGGGGAGGCAGGAGGGAAAGAGCGAUGGUGAGGGAGGCGGGCGAGUGGAAUUUCAAGAGGCCAUGUUGCAGGCUGUGAGGGACAUGGGUCUACAUGCAGGGGAGACGGCAGGAGGGGAAGAGGGCAGCACGGGGCAGCAAGGCAUAUCUUCUCUGCUGCAGCUGCUGCUUGCACGAUUCGCCACUCGAGCCUCCCUCCUCACGUUUCUGGACCCCUUCCUCCUGCCCUCGGUCUCGUCUCACUCACCCUCCCUCCAACUAGCAGCGCUCUCCCUCCUCCCUGCUGUAGCUGCUGCUGCAGUGCCAGGGGACGCCAAGGCCAAUGAGGAGCUGCCACAUGUGCUUGUGGGAGUGCUGUUGCGCCUUAUGGUGGCGGUGCAGAGCCCUCUCAAGCCUGUUCGCAAGGCCGCUGUGCACGCGUUCGCGACCCUCACGCAGGCGACUGCCACUCUCCCCAGUUCCUCGUCCGCAGUGCCCUCUCCCUCCUCUCUUUCGCUCCUUGCAUCCACUUUCUCAACCGCCAAGGAUGCUCUCCUCUCGGACCCCUCCCUACCACUUGCCCUCUCCUCCUCCACUAUUGCCCUCUCGCUGCCCGCCUUCACACCUGCUGCAUCCUCCACCUCCAUCCCUCCCAAACCCUGCCAAGCUGCUGCUCUGCUCAUUCGUCUGCUGGACCCCUCGUGUGCUGCGUCCACUGGCUCCAGCCCCCCACUCGACGUCUUGCAGGCCCUGGCUGUCCACAUGCUCGCAUCAAUUCCAGCAGCCACUGCUCUCCUCCCGCUGGGCCUACUGCCGCCUCGCCUGCACAAGCUGCUCUCCCGCCGCCUGCACUGCCACCUGCAGCAGGCACAAGGUGCUUCUGGGCCGCCACUGCCACACAAGACAGCAUCAGUGGACGCAGCAGCACGGCUGGGGGGGAGGCUGGAACUGGAUGAGGUGCACCUGCUGGCUGUGGGCUUGCAGCUUGUAGCUGCUGCCGCAUCAGGAGGUGGGCAGGGAGGGGCUCAGGACGAGGAGAUGAGGGAGGAGGGAGGCGAAGGAGAGGAGAGUCCGAAAGAUGGGAAGGAGAAAGCGCAGCACACAGCAGGGCAUGGGGUUACUGCGCUUGACAUUGCACCGCUGUUGCUCAUGGCAAUGCAGGUACAGGGUGCCAUGUCAGCUGAUGACGUGGCAGUGGAGGCCCCAUCCAUCACGGCAGCAGGUGUGGUCACAAAUGACUUCUUGGAGGCUCUGCCAGACACCUACCAGGAUGGGCUCGUGGCGAGUCUGCUCUUCCUCAUGGCAGCAUCUGAGGCCUCGCCUGCAGCGCGCCAGGCAGCCAAGGAGGCACUCCGGCGCCUCAAGCUGAGCCCAACCACGCUUGCGCGCCUCAUCACGGCCCUCUUCUCUCCAUCAUCGGCGUCUCAUGGCGCCCCUCAGGCGACCAGCUCCAACAAGCCACACAUGGGUGCCUAUGUGCCGCUUUCUGACUCGCUGCCAGUGGAACUACGUGUGGCUGCCGCAACUGGUCUGCUGGAGAUGCUGCUGUGGAAGGAGGACGUCACAGCACAGCAGACCAUCCAGCUAUUCCCGUCGCUGGCCACGGCCAUUAGCUCUGUUCUCUCCCACCGCUGGCCGAUGCUACCAGCACCCAACUCCAAUGAUGCAGAGGAAGAGGGGGGAGAGCAGGGAGGGCAUCAGGCAGAGGAUGGAGAGGGCGAUGUGGCAGGGAGUGAGGUUGCAAUGAGCGCCCAGAUGUUGGGAGCCGUUGAAUUCGUGCUGCAGCUGGUGCUGACGGUGGCACGCAACGCCCUCUCCUCACACACGCACGUGGAGGAGGGACAGGACGAGGCAAUGGAAAGUGAGGGGGGGGAGGAUGAAGAGGGCAUGGAGCAUGGGGAGGAGGAGUGUGUGGUGCACAUGGUGGGGGCGGCAGUGGAGGUGGUGAAGGGGCGGAGGGACCCUGCCACUGCGAGUGCAGCCAUAGCGGUGCUGGCAGCUGCUGCAGAGAGGCAGCCAGAGGAGGUGGUGGAGCACGUGGUGGCAGUGCUCUCUGUUGCCACCUCAACCACCCUCGCCCUCGACAUUCGGGAGUCACACGACGCCAUCCACCGGCUCGUGGAGGCAGUGCUUCCUGCAUGGCUGCACCACAACCAGGAUGUCACUCCCCUGCUUCAGAUGGUCGUGUCAUCCCUGCCCUCCAUGCUUCAUCACCACCGCAUCGCCCUCCUCUCUGCUCUCCUCAGAGGUGUCUCUCCAUCGUUGGGCCUAGCUCCGCUUCUGCUGCUGCUGCUAACCACCACAGGCGUCACACCCUCACUUCUCACAGCACGUGCCAACAAUCCCAAAGAUACCCCUCGCUCUGCGCGGGCGCGCAGGCAGGCAGCUCUGCAGCAGCACGCAUACUGGAGGCGGCGGGGGGACAGCACAGGCGAUGAGAAGCAAGGCGAGUGGGGGCUCAGCCUGGCAUUUGAGCUCUGUUCGCAGGUUCCAGGAAGCAUCCGACUGGAGGCGUAUGUGAAGCUUUUGGAAGCCACAUGCCCUCCAAUCAUAGCGCGACGGAAGGCGAGUGCAGCAGUAGAUGAGGCAUGUGAUUGGUGGAGUGGGACGGGUCCGGAUGACGAUGUGGUUGUGGUGAGCUUUGUGGGUGCUGAGUUGCCAGCUGCAGUGGCAGCUAUGGAGGAGGAGCUGGGGAUGGAGGGAGGGGCAGAUCCAGCAGAGGGUGGGGAGGGAGGGCUCAACAAUGAGGGUGAUGCUGCAAUGGUUGACACCCAGCACCGACAGCUCUUUGUGUCUCUUCUAGAGCAUGUGGUUCUUCGCCUCCGUGCCACUGCUGCCGCUACUGCUGCCAGUGCUGCUGUGUCCGCCCCCCUCACCACCGCAUCCUAUCCUCCUGCCCUCAAGGACAGGGCGGAUUCGGUUGCUUCAGCAGCGUAUGAGCUGCUGCAGACUCUGGAUGACGUCACUCCUAGUGGUGUGUUCCUGCAAGCAGUGCAGACGCUACUGACCAACCCCAGCACUCAUAUUCGACGCAAGGUUCUUCGGCUGCUUGCCGCCCGAGUGCGGGCCUCCGCGCCCCACACCCUCAUGCCGCAUGGCCGGGGCAAGGGUAGGAGCAAGCAGCGGUUGGCGCAGGCAGCUCAAGAAGAAGCGAGGGAGUAUGCAUCGGUGGCAGGACAGCUGGCGCACAUGGGCGCACUCGAGGGGGCUGACAGGUCCCUGGCAACACAAAUGGCUGCUCUGCAGACACUCGAUGCCAUCAUCAAGCGCUUCGCGUCGUUGGCUUCUGAAGAUUUCUCCCCGGCACUGGCCCCUCUCAUUCGUAUCAUCUCCUCUCACUCGUCCCCACCGCUCCUCUCUGCUGCUGCAUUGCGCUGCCUCUCGUCCCUCGCCUCCUCACUGCACCAUCUGCUGCUGCCCCACCUGCCUGUCCUCAUGCCGCCUCUAUUCGCCUCAGCUGACCGGGCCCUUGCUGCGGCAGGAAAUGGGGCGGUGGAGGAAUUUGGGGCAGAUGAGGGGGGUGCGGAGGAUGGGGAUGAGCAGAUGGAGGAGGGUGAGGGGCAUGGGAGAGCAGAGGUGGUGAGUGAGGGGGUGGCACAUGACCUGCUGGCUGCUGUGCUGCAGGCUCUGGAAGCCAUGCUGGCAGCCAUGGGUCCUCUCCUCUCUCCCUUCACUCCUCGCAUCCUCGCCUGCACCUGCCUCAGUCCCGUGCUUCUCUGCUGCCCCUCGACCUCGGUGAUGCAGCAUGCCCAUGCUGUGCGACAGCUGCUCAUUCAGAAGCUUCCUAUGCGGCUGCUUCUGGACCCUCUGGUCUCCUCCUGGUCCACGGCGACAGCUGCAGGCCCUGCACCCUCUGCUGCUCUGCUGCACAUGCUGGCUCGCACCGCCUCCCACAUGGACCGGGCUGCUGCCUCCACCUUCCACGCCCGCAUCUUCGACUUCCUCCUCCUCCGCACCUUCGAUGUCCGCCGUGCCCCUCCCUUUCCCCCCUCCACUGACAGCUCCUCCAAUCAGCGUCUGCCAGGUGCCACACAGAUGGUCACGGCUCCUGAUGUGGAAGGAGCAUCAGUGACGGCAAUGGUGGGGCUGGUGAUGAAGACGAGUGAGAGUGUGUUCAAGCCCAUGUUUGUGCGCGUGCUUGAAUGGGCCGCCAGUGAAUAUGCUGCUGAUGGUGAUGCCAUAUCACCAGCAGGCAGAGUGGAGCGACACCUCACUCUCUUCGGUCUCGUCAACGUGCUCUCUGACAAGCUCAGGUCGGUGUUCGUGCCAUACUUCCAGUACCUCUUCGACAUUGCCAUUCGCCACCUUGUUGGCACUAGUGAUGCUGCCAAGGGGGGGAUUAAGAAGAAGAGGCGCAAGUCAGCAAGCGUGGCAGCAGCAGCAGAGGACAGCAUUGCACAGUGGCAGCUGAGGCACCUGGUGGUGUGUGCGCUGCACAAGUGCUUCCUCUAUGACUCCAACGCCGCCUUCUUGGAUGCAACACGCUUCCAGGCUCUCUUGGAGCCUCUCAUAUCUCAGAUCGACAGAGAGCCUCCAGCUGGGGUGGCUUCCAUUGUUUCUACUCCGUCUGCUCCAGAAGCUCUCUCGGCGGCGUCUCAGCUUUCAGAGGCACACCUGAUGCUGGAGCCCUACAUUGCAGCGUCUGUCCCAAGCAUCAGCGCCGUGGAUGAUGAGCUCGUGACAUGCCUCGGUGAAAUGACCAUUGCAGGGGGGUCUGAUAUCCUCUGGAAGCAGCUCAACCACCAGGUUCUGAUGUGCACUAGGAGUGAGCGGGUGCGGUCGCGUCAGCUGUCUCUGCGUGUUGUCAACGAGAUCGUGGAUCGGGUUCGCGAAGAGUACGUGGUGCUGCUGCCCGAAUCCAUCCCCUUCUUGGCGGAGCUGCUGGAAGAUUCAGACGCCAAUGUGGCUGAGAGUGCGAAGAGCCUGGUGAAGAAACUGGAGGAGCUCAGUGGUGAGGAACUCACCCAGUACUUUUAA